AUGAAGUCGCUCCAAAUUAACGCAACGGUAGGGUUUUCCAGCUUUUUCUCUCAUUGAUUGAGUGUUCUUUUAGGUUGAAUAUAUCGACACGCGUAACAUUGAAAUCGGUUUCCGAGUCUAUUAUGCUGUACUCGGCUUUUCCUCACUGACUUCGAACUUUUUGCUCUUGUUUCUCGUCAUCAAGAAAAGUCCGAAAUCAUUCAGCGACUACAGGUACUGACUGCGGCUUCGUUAUGGAAAGAAUAAAUAAAAAAUUUUCUUUUAUAAGCUAACGUUUUACUUUUUCUUUAUUCGAAAGCUCGGAGGGUAAACCUUUUUUUGUCUAUUUGCAUUUGACUUUGCGUAUUUCUGACAAUUGAUGGAUUGUAAAAAAUGUGGAAAAUUUGAGAGGAUUCAAUGAUGAGAACAUUUUUCAUACAAAAAAAUUCACUGAGGUUUUAGUUUCAAGUAAUUGUUUUAAGUUCAAUUAAUUCUCAGAAUACUUCUGGCGAAUACCUGCAUCAACCAGAUGUUCGCGGUCCUCAAUUCCUACUUCAUGCACCAAAGGUAGCGCUUCUGAAGAUCCUUCGAAAGCCUUCGCUUAGAGUUCUCGUGUCGUUCGACUCCAUGGCGCUACUGCCAAUCGGACCGUGUCGUUAUUUCGGUCCUCUGGCCUGUUUCGUCUCCUACAACCUCUACAACGGCUUCCAAUGGAACGCUUCCGUCUCCAUUCUUCUUUCAAUGCACUUUCGACGUUCUCUUAUCAAGAUGAAACUUGUCGACAGGAGGAAAAUGCUUCAAAAUUUGUUGAUCGGAUAUGCCGUUUUCGUAAAUUUGAUGGUGAAGUUCAGAAAAUUAAGUGAAGGGCUUAUUAGAAAAUUCAGAUAACUCCCCAUUUGAAAAUUGAUUUCGAAACGGUUAUGAGAAAUGCAAUCGAGGUGAGUUGAAAACACGUUCUAACAUUUUUUUUUUGGUGGGACAAACUUUCGAAGAUUUUUGGAUUUCGAGUACCGUCCAAACAACGGUUCCUAUUACAGGCCCAUCCAGAAUACAGUUUGGAAAAAUAUGGUCCGAUCGGGGGCUUCGUAUCGAUAAGCGACAUAAUCUACACGAUGAACACGACCCUUCUUUUCGGCAGUUGCUGUCUGAUGCCAAUACUCAUCUUUUACUGGAGAUUUGACGUGCUCAAGGUGCUCAAUGACGCAAACUCCUCUUUCUCCGAAAGAACCAAACAGAGUUCCCGACUGAUGAUCCAUGUUUGAUCUUCCAACCAUAAUCUGUUCACACACUUUUACAGGCUUUGACCUUCCAAGCGCUUUUACCGAUGACGUGCUACGUGCCCAACGUCUUCUAUUUCCUGACUUCGACCGUAAGUCGGAACAUGUCGAGAGGGACGGCUUUGCAGUUUCAGACGGCCGGAGGCAGCAUCACCUUCAUGGAGUACGUCAUCGUGGCCCUUUGCUCGUUCCCCUGUCUAGCCGACCCUAUCUUCACCAUCUACUUCGUGGCUCCGUUCAGAGCCUGGGUCACUCGUCACUUGCUUCGCCAGAAGCCGUCGAACUUUGAUCGGCCGCCGCCUUCAGUCACUGUUACCGUCUUCCGACAGCACUCGCGCAUCCAUUCCAACUGA